ACGAUGGGGCACGGCAACAGCGACCGGCUGUAUGUAACCCAUGAAGAGCUGUCCGGCGUCCAUGGAACGCAUACAGCCAGCGGCGGCACUCGACUCAAGGCAUCCGACGUCGGCUUCCAACGCCUGCCCUUUGACUGCUGCGCACUCUCGCUCCAGCCCUGGACGAACCCAGUCUGCUCGCGCUCCGAAGGCACCGUGUUCGAGUUGACCAAUGUGAUUCCGUUUCUGAAAAAGUACGGCGUCAAUCCGGCGACGGGCAGCAAGCUCGAGGCGGCGGACCUCGUCAGGCUGCACUUUCACAAGAACGAGAAUGCAAAGUACCAUGAUCCCGUCAGCUUCAAAGAGUUCAACGAGCACUCGCACAUUGUCGCCAUCAAGACAAGCGGAAAUGUCUUUACAUAUGAAACAAUCUCACAGCUCAACAUCAAGGCAAAACAUCUCCGAGACCUCGUUGACGACACGCCAUUCACCAAAAAGGAUCUCAUCACGCUCCAGGAUCCCCACAAUGUCUCGGGCCGGGACAUUUCGCAGCUCCACCACCUCAACAAGGGACUCAAGCUCACAGCGGCAGAUGGCAAGGAGGAUACCGAUGAGGUCAAUGCAGCAGCGACGGGAAGCGCGAGCAAGAUCCUGAGCCAAUUGCGAAAAGAGAAGGAAGGAGUCACAGAAGCUAAAGAGGAGGGAUCAAGUAGUCAACGGAAAGAGGUAGUCGAGGCGCCGGCAGAAAUGCCCAAGGCCAAGGUCCCUUACAACGCCGCCGUGGGCAGCACGGGCAUGAUGGCAGCCAGCUUCACCUCUUCUGGACUCGACAUCCAGACCAAGAGCGAGCGGCAGCUCAUCAAUGAAGAGGAGUUCAUGUUCGACCAAGUCGCUUCAGGCGACGGGUUGCCAAAGAAAAAGGGACAGACAAGGGGCAAGACCAAGGGCUACGUUCAGCUCGUCACCAACUUUGGCUCGCUCAACAUCGAGCUUCACGUCCAUGCGGCCCCCAAGACGUGCUACAACUUCCUCUCUCUGUGUUCGCAGGGCAAGUACGACGAUACUACGUUCCAUCGCAACAUACCCGGCUUCAUGAUCCAAGGUGGCGACCCAACGGGCACAGGUCGAGGAGGCGAAUCGAUCUGGGGUCCUCCAGGCUUCCGAGAUGAAUUCGACCGAGCAGGCGCCUUUCGACACACGGCCAGAGGAACGCUGAGUAUGGCCAAUAAGGGGCCUGGUACAAAUGGAAGCCAAUUCUUCUUUUCCUAUCGCGAGAAGCUGCCACACCUCGAUUCCAAGCACACCGUCUUUGGGCGACUGCUCGAGGAUGAAGAGCAGGGAAAGAAGAAGCCGACGACGCUGGACAAGCUCGAGGCGGUGCCCUCGGAGCCUGGGACAGAUCGGCCGAUGCGGAGCAUUCGCAUCCUCAAUGCCCUCGUCCUCGAAAAUCCAUUUGACGAGUAUAAGACAAACUUACAGAGGAGACUCGACAGAGAGAACAUGACGGAAGAGGAAAGGAUCAAGAGAGAGGAGAAGAGAAGGAAGAGGGAGGACGACCGGACGACAUGGCUGGGGACGGACCUUGGGAGUAAGGGAGGCGAUGUACACAAGAGAAACGACGACUUGUUUGAUGGCAUCGGGCCAGCAAAAGGAGGUUCUCGCAUCGGGAAGUACCUGCAACAGAAGCCAACCUCAGCCACCAGUGUUCCUUCGUCAGACAUCUCCGCUGGUACCGCUGCCGCCAAGAAACGUAAAGGCGAAGGAUUUGGAGAUUUUUCGUCGUGGUGACGUUCAUCUGUAUAUUACUGCAAUAUUUUUUAAGUCAACGACGCAUGCAUUGGACAAGAC